AUGAAGUAAAGUCAACAUAGCAGCCUACUGGGGGGGCAACAGAGGAGACGGAAAGAAAAUGCCAUGCACAAAACUAAAUUGACUCUCGCUAGGACCUGGAGGAGUGCUGGUGGGUGUUCCAGAAGUGACAGAAAGGAGAACGAGCACGGAAGUCAAAUAUCUGGUGAUGGCUCAGCAGGCCGGGGCUGGGCGCAGGUAUAUCCGGGCGUUUGUGAGCGGCUUCUUCGUGGCAGUGCCCGUAACUGUCACUGUUCUGGACCGCUUUGCCUAUGUAGCACGAGUAGAAGGAGCCUCAAUGCAGCCUUCCCUGAAUCCUGAGGGGAAUGUGACAGGUUCUGACGUGGUGCUCCUGAACCGCUGGAGUGUGAGGAACUACCAAGUACGUCGAGGUGACAUUGUGUCAGUCCUGUCUCCCAAGAACCCCCAGCAGAAGAUCAUCAAGCGGGUCAUAGCCCUUGAGGGAGACUUCAUCAAGACGCUUGGCUAUAAGAACCGCUAUCUCAGGGUCCCUGAUGGCCACUUUUGGAUCGAGGGGGACCAUCACGGCCACAGUCUGGACAGCAACAGCUUUGGACCGGUGUCUCUGGGGUUGGUCCACGGCCGUGCCUCCCACAUCAUCUGGCCGCCCAAUCGGUGGCAGAGGAUCGAGCCGUCCCUCCCCCCUGAGCGGAAGCCCUUGUUGAACUGGCACGGGGACACAACAGAGGAGGAGGACUGAGGAGAGGCCUGCUCAUGGCUGUAUACAUACUGUACCUACUACCUACACUCUCUCUCUGUCAUACAGUACAUGUGAACAUGUCAUAAUCCUUUGAUGUGGCACAGUUAUGAUAUCUCUUUGUUGUUGAGAAGCUGAGUAUGUCAAUGGAUCAGAUACCCAUUACCCAUACAGUUGCGGCCAAAUAUAUAGGCACCCUUGCACUUUUCUUAAAUAAUUGCCUAUUUAUUCUACAAUAAGCUGAAAAAUAAAGUUUGGUCUCCACACCUUGUUUUUGGUAUAUUCAACAUUGCAGAACCUAUUUUGUUUUUGUAAAUAUAAGUUUAACAUUUUUAUUUAAAAAAUAAAGACCAAUGGCAUGGACGCAAUUAUUGGCACCCCGGAGCUAGUACUUAGUUGCACAGCCUUUGUCCAAGAUAACUGCUAAGAAAUGCUUAUUGUAGCACACUUCUACUGUUUUCACAUCUCGCCAUAGGUUAUGAUUCAGAUCUGGCCACUCCAGAACAGAUUUCUUCUUGAACCUUUCCAGGGUGAUUUCUGUAUGUUUGGGGGUUGUUGUCCUACUGUGGAAGCCAGUUUUUGGACACUGGAUUGAACAUUGCACUCCAAAAACACCCUUGAUAAUCUGCUGAUUUCAUGUCUUGCACACAUUCAAGGCGCCCAGUACCAGAGGCAGCAAAGCAAUCCCACAUCAUUAUUGAACCUCCUCCAUAAUUGGUUUUAGUCGUUGGUAAACAUAGGAAGACCCCACUGUUGAAGGAGACAAGUAAGCCUGAUUGAACUUCUCAAAAACCCACCUAAACAAGGCUAAAUCCUGGGGGAAAUGCUCUGUGGGCCAAUGAAACAAAAUUAGAGCUCUUUGGCAAUACAGAUCAGCGUUCGGUUUACUGGCCAAAUUAAGCGUUCAAUGAAAAAAGGAACCCUCCCUACAAUAAAAGAUAAGGGAGGUUUAAUCAUGCUGUGGUGUUGCUUUGCUGCCUCUGUUACUGGGGACCUUGAAUGUGCACAAUCCAAUGUUCAACCCAGUGUCCAAAAACUGGGUCUCCAUUGAAGGUUGUGUCUUCCAGCGGGACAACGACCCCAAACACACAUCAAAAAGCACCCAGGCAUGGUUAAGAAGAGAUGUUGGACUGUUCUGGAGUGGCCAGAGAAAAGUACAGCUCUGAAUCACAUCCAAAACCUACGGCGAGGUCCAAUAUGGCAAGCGGUUGGUAAAGGGCACCCAUCAAAUGUUGAAUAAUUACAGCAGUUUUCUUCUGAAAAGUGGGUCAAAUUGCUAGUAGAAAGGUACAGAAAGCUCAUUUGAUGGUUACAAGAAGCAUAAACUUAUGUUGACAAAAAUAAUAGUUCUGCAAUAUUGACAAAAUAUAUUUUUUUAAUGUCAUCUUAUUUUAGAAGAAAUAGGGAAUUAUUUAAGAAAAGUUUGAAACUGUAUGUCUGUGGCCAAUUGUAAAAAAUAAAAAUAAAACAUUUUGCAACCAUAUAAUGUGAACAACUGAACGCUGAGAUAUAUAUUUGUAUGUUGUGUUAUCAGAAUUUCAGACUAGUGCAGUACUAUGUUAUUAAAUGUAUGGAAAUAUUAAACUAAAACUGGUUGGGCUUUGAAGGAGCCUGUGGCAUGAAAGGCUGAUUGAAACUACCUCGAUUUAUAGAUUGCACACUUGAUACAGUUGAAGUCGGAAGUUUACAUACACUUAGAUUGGAGUCAUUAAAACUCGUUUUUCAAACACUCCACAAAUUUCUUGGUAACAAACUAUAGUUUUGGCAAGUCGGUUAGGAAAUCUACUCUGUGCAUGACGCAAGUCAUUUUACCAGCAAUUGUUUACGAACAGAUUAUUUCACUGUACCACAAUUCCAGUGGGUCAGAAGUUCACAUACACUAAGUUGACUGUGCCUUUAAACAGCUUGGAAAAUUCCAAGAAAAUUAUGUCAUGGUUUUAGAAGCUAUGAAAUGUUAUUACACACAUAUAUAAUCAAUACGGUUCUAACGAAAUUUCCAUAUCAACAAUCGAAAUGACUGAAAAACGCAGUUCAAAACUUGUUUAAUCAAAAGCGAAAUUCAAGCUUGAUAAAUCAAAUGCAUCAUUGGGAUGUUGUUCGUAAAUCCAAACCGUACAGCUAGACCGCUUUAGGAAAUUAAAUGCACAUAUUAAACACGCUAAAGUAUAGGCAAUGGUCGAAAAUGAGGAAGUAAGCUAGAAAUUCAAUUAUUUCGCUCAUAUGAUAGCCUACUGGUUAGCUCCAUGGUGCUGAAUGGACAGCAGCACCAUUCUCUUUUUUCAUUCAACAGUGGCCUAACCCACACACACAAAAAAAAGAGGCCUACUUGUAAAUGAAGUACAUCAGGGUGAACCUCUCGGUGACAGCGUUGAAGUCUUGAUUCCUUUUGAGUUUGAAAAGUCUCAGUUGACAUGAGGGCCUAGGAUGGCGCAGUUGUACUUCCCCAACACUCCCAAUACAUAGUCCACCAAGGCCACAGCUUGUUUGUCAUCGCACACAUCAUCAUACCAAAGACGCCUCCUUGACUUCACUUUUAGCCACUAUGCAAAAUCAUAAAGAUCUGGCCUUUGUUGUCUCAUCUACUGCAACAAACGUGGCUGCAUUAAUCUCCUCUUCAAUGUCAUUUCAAAUCACAUCCCUGACUGCUUCAAUGAAAUCAUAUUGUAUUCUGUUUGAUAUUCCUGGAAACACAGUGGAAGUCUCAAGUGUCUUGCUAACCUUUCACAUUUUUCAGCAAUGGUAUCCAAUAACUCUACAUAGUUGCCAAGAUUACAUGAGCUUGUACUCGCAUCAUUACCACAAAAUGCUAAUUCUUGUUUCCCUAGGUAGCGUGUUACUCUAAUAGGGUCCUUCAAAAUCUCAGUUUUCCCCUGCAAACAGAGGAGGUCCUGAGGACAUUCAGCCAUGUUUUCUCUGGGGGAUCUUUGUGUAGUUCCUUGUAAGUUACCAGGACAUCACUGAGGGCCAUGUCAGGAUCUUUUUAGGACAUUCUUAGUCCUUAGGACACCGUGUGAUGGUCCCAAGGGACGUGUUUUAAUUUCCCGGUUUGUCCUGAGACGUUUUUAUGACGUUUUUGGGACGUUGUGUCAUGGUCCCCUGAACAUUCUUAGGAUGUUGUCAUGGUCCCCUGGAGGUUUUUAUCAUGUUGAUGGUCCGGUAAUGAAUGGUAUGUGGGUUUUAAGGUAAAUGGUAAGCUGUUCAACUAAAAUAGCGUAAAAAUCUUUAAUCAAGGACAAUAUGAUGACAUUUGGCAUGAUCACUUAGUACUGUUUGUUUUCCAUAUGACCCCACCUGGGACUUGAACUGGGACUUUAACUCAUAACAUGUGGAUUUGGGUUACGCUGAUCUUUCACAAAGUCUGUACAAUUUCAGAAGUCCACUACACAUGCAUUACCUAUAAUACAUCUCUGCGCAGAUGGCAAAAGAAUGCCAUCUGCAUUGAUAUUUUAGUUAUCAGUUAAUCUAACUAUUUGUAGGAUAAAUAAAGGGGGCAUUGUUAGAGGAAUUUAAUACUUAUAUGUUUGUUAACCAACUCAAUUAUAACAAAGCAAAACACUUUGUCCGGUUCUAAGAAUUUGUAAGGUUCUUAAUUGCAUAAAAUAGACAAAGAUCAGUCUCAAAAUGAAUCAAUAGCGUUUAUUCCCGAGAGCUCUGGUCAUAAUACCAUGUACAUUGGUUUAUAUACCUCACAUUUCGUCAUACAUGUCCCUCCUCUCAGAUACAAUGGCAAUAUAGUUCACAAGCCUUCUCACAUUGUCUGCCACCUGUUAAACAAUCUACUACAAGCCCAAGGUCUCUCCCCUCCCUGGGUGGGGACAGAAUGUCCUGUAAGGAACACAGUAUUCCAGCCGGUCUGACGAUAGCUCCAUUCGUUUCUAACAAGGAACAGAAAGUCCUUGUUCUAAUUCUUGACUAAAACUACACACCUUAUAUUCAGUAUUAUGAUUAUAAUACGAUUCAUACAUUCAUACAGUAACAGAGUAGUAUUCUGUUUAUUUGUAGUUCUAAGUUAAAUGUAUACAUAAUUUAGUCAUUCAUAAAAAUCCCAUAACAGGCAUAUAAGCAGACAAUGAAAGUUCUUACAAUAUUAGAUGACAUUACUCUAAAACAGGCUAUAGGCUACAUGUGCACCACCAAGUCAGAACAGUAAGCUAAGUUAUGAGGGGGAAAGGGAACACAUUAUUAGGGUGAGGCACAUGUGCUUCUAACAGCUUACUACACAACAUACACUUAGUAUUACUUUCUUAGCUACGAUAUACAUAUCUCCCUGGCAUAUUACAUCAUUUAUGCAGCAGCAUACAAGACAUUUUUGGACUCACAUUUGUGCUGUGUUCAGUUGAACAGGAAGGUGGCACGGUGGUCCUAGUGGGCAAAUUCAUGAAACCUUGUCAUCAAAGUCUGGCAUGCUCAGAAUUUAUGGUGCUUUCAAGACAACUGGGAACUCUGGAAAAAACUAGGUUGAAUUAUGACAUCAGUGAUCUUCAGGUCGGAGCCCUCGAAAGACUCCUGAGUUUCCGACUUGGAAUUCCGACUUGGAGUUCACAGUUGUCUUUGAACUCACUGUAACCUGAGAUUUCCCAGUUCAGAGUUUCCAGUUGUUUUGAACGUGGCAAAAGUCAUGCUGGAUUGACAGAAGGGCCAACCUUUUCUGGCCCAUGGUGUUGCUUAUGAAUUUGAACCCAUUUACGCUUUGAAAAUACAUUUUUACAUCAGCAGAUGUCACAAAGUGCUAUACAGAAACCCAGCCUAAAACCUCCAAGUAAUGCAGAUGUAGAAGCACAGACAUGGACCAAGACUUGGACCAAACACACUCUCCACCGAAUAGCAGGCAAGGGAAGCAAAAUAGGGAUUGCUUUGCAAUGCUUGCAGUUAGAUUCCUUCCAAACCACUCAUUGUUUAAUUUCGUUUUCCAACUCGUGUAAUGUUUAUGUUCAAUGGCCGAUGAGCACCGAUACGUUUUAUCUAUAAUAUCUCUUCAGAUGAACAAAGAUUAAAAAGUAUUUGCCAGUAGGUUGUCAACGUGAUUUAUGAUGACUCCUUGUCUAGCUAAGAUUUUGAAAAGUAGAUAUAACGAUUUUGGAUGUAGAUAUAACGUUAUUUGACGUCAUUUAAUCUGUGGCCAAUGACAAGGUCAUUGGAAUAUUUUAGGCAUCCCUGGUCUUUGUGGUUGAAUCUGUGUUUGAAAUUCACUGUUCGACUGAGGGACCUUACAGAUAAAGUGCAUUCGGAAAGUAUUCAGACCCCUUGAUUUGUUUUCUACAUUUUGUUAUCGUUACAGCCUUAUUCUAAAAUGGAUUAAAUAGUUUUUUCCCUCAAUCUACACACAAUACCCCAAAAUAAAAAAAAUAAAAACAGGUUUAGAAAUGUUUGCAAAUGUUAUUAUUUAUUAAAAAAAAAAAAAAAAAAAUGAAAUAUCACAUUUACAUACGUAUUCAGACCCUUUACUCAGUACUUUGUUGAAGCACCUUUGGCAGCGAUUACAGCCUUGAGUAUGACGCUACCAUCUUGGCACACCUGUAUUUGAGGAGUUUCUCCAAUUCUUCUCUGCAGAUCCUCUUAAGCUCUGUCAGGUUGGAUGGGGAGUGUCGCUGCACAGCUAUUUUCAGGUCUCCAGAGAUGUUCGAUCGGGUUCAAGUCCGGGAUCUGGCUGGGACACUCAAGGACAUUCAGAAACUUGUCCCGAAGCCACUCCUGCGUUGUCUUGGCUGUGUGCUUAGGGUCAUCCUGUUGGAAGGUGAACCUUCGCCCCAGUCUGAGUACUCGUUUUCAUCAAGGAUCUCUCUGUGUAGUACUUUGCUCCAUUCAUCUUUCCCUCAAUCCUUUCUAGUCUCCCAAUCCCUACCACUGAAAAACAUCCCACAGCCUGAUGUUGCCACAAACCCGCUUCACCGUAGGGAUGGUGCCAGGUUUCCUCCAGAUGUGACACUUGGCAUUCAGGCAAAAGAGUUAAAUCUUGGUUUCGUCAGACCAGAACAUCUUGUUUCUCAUUGCCUGAGAGUCUUUAGGUGCCUUUUGGCAAACUCCAAGCGGGCUGUCAUGUGCCUUUUACUGAGGACUGGUUUCCAUCUGGCCACUACCAUAAAGGCCUGAUUAGUGGAGUGAUGCAGAGAUGAUUGACCUUCUGGAAGGUUCUCCCAACUCCACAGAGGAACUCUGGAGCUCUGUCAGAGUGACCAUCAGGUUCUUGGUCACCUCCCUGACCAAGGCCUUUCUCCUCCGAUUGCUCAGUUUGGCCGGUCAGUCAGCUCUAGGAAGAGUGUUGGUGGUUCCAAACUUCUUCCAUUUAAGAAUGAUGGAAGCCACUGGGUUCUUGGGGACCUUCAAUGCUGCAGAAAUGUGUUGGUACACUUCCCCAGAUCUGUGCCUCGACACAAUCCUGCUCGGAGCUCUACGGACAAUUCCUUUGACCUCAUGGCUAUGUUUUUGCUCUGACAUGCAAUUGAACUUAAAAAACAUGAGCUGGUGCACACCCAGAAAAUAGUUAGUGUGGAGGUGCUGACUAAAGGUGAAUAAACUAUCAAAUUAAAGAAAGUCACACACUCCAUGUAUAAUCUCCCAACAAUGUUUCGGCAUCACUGUGCCUUCCUCAGGGUAACGUCAUAAAUACUUGAACCAGGUUAUAUAAACACACAGUGUAAUUAGUGUAACCAAUGACAAUGAGCUUACCACAGGUGGACUUCAAUCAAGUUGUAGAAACAUCUCAAGGAUGAUCAAUGGGAACAGGAUGCACCGGAGCUCAAUUUCGAGUUUCAUAGAAAAGUGUUUGAAUAUUUAUUUAAAUAAGGUUUUAUUUGUAAUACAUUUAUCAAUUUCUAAAAACCUGUUUUCACUUUGUCAUUAUGGGGUAUGGUCUGUAGAUUGGUGAGGAACAUUUUUCAUUUAAACCAUUUUAGAACAAGGCUGUAUCGUAACAAAAUGUGGAAAAAUUCAAGGGGUCUGAAUACUUUCUGAAUGCACUGUAGUUGCAUGUGUGGGUUACAGAGGUGAGGUAGUCAUUCAAAAAUCAUCUUAAACACUAUUAUUGCACAGUGAGUCCAUCAGAUUUUUUAUUUAGGGUUGCCAUAACAAAGGGUUUGAAUACAAGACAUUUCAGUUUUGGAUUUUUUAUUAAUUUGUAAAAUUUUCAAAAAACAUCAUUCCAAUUUGACAUUAUGGGUGGGGUAUGUGUGUAGGCCAAUUACAAAAUAUCUAAUUGUAAUCCGUUUCAAAUUCAGGCUGUACCACAACAAAAUGUGGAAAAAGUCAAGGGGUGUGAAUACUUUAUGAGGCACUAUAUGUCAGUGUGUCAAAUAUGUAAGUUGAAAAGCACUGUUUGUUUGUGUGGGGGUGUUGGUGGCCCUAGCAUAUCCAAAGGACAAAGAGCUGUGACUGGAUCAGUGGUUCACCAAUCAGGGCCUUGAUGGACUUGGUAAAAGUAACAAGGGGUGAUGUGUAAUGAAACUAGGUUGUGAAUGCCCUGGGUAAAAUGUAUGAUUAUUUUUGCAAACAUCAGGUGACAAACCAAGAACUGGAGAUAAACUUCCAUGGGAUCAUGACAAUGUCCAAAGAGCAUUCAGGGGACCCUGACACAACAUCCCAAGAAAGUACUAAAAACGUCCUCGGGGGACGUUCCCAAGACAAACCGGAAACUAGACAAAACCGUGACACAACGUCCUGACGACUUCAGGCCGCCAUUUCGUGACGUCCCGGGGACAUCCUAACGGCUCUUUGUUGUUUGCAGGGUAGUUCCCUCUAAGUUCCCACAAAAUCACUGAGGACCAUGUAUAAACCUUUUUAGGAUGUUCUCAGAACUUUCAUUUUACUAGUUCUUAGGAUGUCGUGUGAUGUUCCCAAGGUAAUGUUCUCUGGGGAUCUUUUUUCUAGUUUCCUGUUUGUUCCGGGGACUUCCCCGAAGACACUUUUAGAAUGUUCUUGUGACGUUGUGCCAUGGUUCCCUGGGUGUCUUGUCUAGAUCCCGGUUUGUCCCGGGGACAUCCCUGAGGCUGUUUAUGAUGUUCUUGGGACGUUGUGUCAUUGUCCCCCGGAGGUUUUGUCUAGUUCCCGGUUUGUCCUGGGGACGUCCCAGAGGAUGGCUUUUCAUAACACCUUUUUCAUAACAUGUUUUUUUUUAUUAGAUUAGCAUUGCCUACAGUACACGUUUAAAGCUGUACAGUACAUUCUAAGUGCAAUUCCAGAUGAAGUUGAAAUCAGCAUGGCGUUUAAUUGUAUUCUGUGGAAUCAAUGAUGUGAUGUGCUUCACAUUUCCAUAUCAUAAAAUUCAUGUCCUAUACAGUGUCAAUUUUAUGAUCACUAUGUUUGAUGUACAGUUACAAGAUGACAUGGCUUCAUGCCCUGGAUUGUUCUGAAGCGAAUGUGCCUAUGCUUGUCUAUUGCGAAGAAACAGCACGCACCUCAAUGCACUCAUGACUCCUUUCGAUGUGCACCAAAAUUAUGAUCCGUUUCCCCGAAUUGCAUUGUGAAAGCCUGACAGUGUAAUAUCGUAUUUUAGAACUUAGCUGGUCACGUUAGCUAUAGAACCAGCUUUCAAUCGAUGCCCACAAGCCCCAGACAGAUUUAUAAUGAACCGUUUUUGGAUUACGUGAACAUCCGUAAUUGUAUGAUGGCGGGGAUGCAGGGUUGUGUUCCAAACAAAAAAACUACAAGUGUGCUCGCUCUAGUUCCUCAACGGCACAGCUAGGAGAGCUCCAAAAAACACCUUAGAGUUGAAGACUCUUCUUUGAGUCAUAAAAGUGCAUUGACAUGACUGUGCUGAGGUGUGUGGCCACUUGGGAGACACCAGUUAAGUCCUCUCUCACUUAGACCCUUGUAAAUUGGUUGUUUUAUGUUGCACCUACUCCACAUGUUCUGGGGAUAUUCUUCUCCUGUUACUGAAUGUAUCCAGAGUAUUUUCACAUUUCCUUAUCAACAAAUGCAGCGAAAAGUACAGUAAUUCUAAAAUGCUAAUAAAAUCGACAGUGUAAUGUUUGACAUCA